CAAGUCCGUACUCUUAAGAUAAAAUAUAUCUCCACUCUAGCUACUGUUGUUCAAGGGUAUCGAAUUUUAUGAUUCUAUUUUAAUUUUACAUAUAAAUUAAUGGAAAACGGGAGAAAUAUAUGCAAGUGACAGGUACGAUUCCAAGUUCAAUACUCUAGAAUUGCCCAGGUGUUAUCAUCUACGGUAGGGUAUAUCAACCCGUGGCUCAGCAGCUCUUCACUUCCCUUGAACACUUCACCAACAGGCAAACCCAUCAUUGACGCCAGAUUUUGCACGUGAAGUCCUUCGUUCCCCUGCGGCGUAUUGCUCAAAGUCUCAUACACCUUCCGUGCCAAUGGCGACAUUGGAGGUAACGUCCUUCCGCCGAGAGGAUCCCCACCGCUCGUACUUGCCGCACCAGGCGGCGCAUUCCCACCAGGUUGACCACCGGUUGGGCCCCUUGUAUAGUAUAGGUGAAUGGCUGUAGCUUCAAGAAAAUGGCAAUGAUAUUCAUCCAUACUCGUUAUGGGGCGGAUGACAUGCGCGACAAAAUUCCGUCGAUUGUUGAAGUUGUUAAGCUUCCCCCAAACCUUGGCGUAUCCGUUGACUUGGAUCUCCGAUUCCGAAGAGCGUGAAGCGUCUCCCGUGUCCAUAUCGUCUCCUGUAGGAUUGACUGCGUUCUUUUCCAGCCAUAAUUUUACUUCAAUUUCCCCCGUCCCGUCAUCAAGCUUAUAUGUGACGAAUGUGGUUAGGUGGCUAACGGCGCGGACCUGGCCGACGAACGCUAAUUGUGAUACCUCCGUGCCAUCAAUUUUAAAGUCUGCGUCUCCGUGUGCUUGGGUAGCUUCCAAUGUCUGUUUUAUUGUUACAGGACGAAGUGAGUUUUUCACAUAACCGCCGCCCUAAUACGAGGAAAAAGAAUGUUAGCCCUGGGAAGGGGAUACCUUUAGGCAAACAGCUGCUGGCAACGAGGAAAGUGAGGGUUGCUUCAGUGUUAAUAUAGCAUUCAUACCUUUCCUUCUGACUGACUGCCUCCUUGGCUGCCUCCUUCACCACCUGUAAAACCCCCUCCUGCCAUGCCGCCUUGGGCACCAUAUGAGGUGUAUUGGUCGCCAUCUGCGAGGGAGUAUAUUAGCAUUUAGGAAAAAGUAAACAAAAAGGCAAGAGGAUACCAACCCAUAGUCGCGGUAGGAGGCGUACUUUGUAAUAAAAUGGAAGGGAGUGGAAGGAUGUUGUAAUUUGAUUCUGCUAUUCGAUUUGUCCUGAUAUCUUUUAAUUCCCCGCCUUGAUUGAGUCUCGUGAAGACGUGUCAGUCACGCGUUUUUGGCGCCGGGGAAUUUGGCGGGGGAAUGGUCGGAAAUCGGAGGAAUGUUGUUCCUUCACCGCCUUCCCUUUGCAGCCUUUUCGGAUUUUGACGCCGGAGAGAAAAAAUAGUUUCUCGAACUGCGCAACAACUGCGGCGAAUAGGGUCGGUUGCUCUAUCAAAGUGACGUCAACAGCGUUUUCCCUUCUUUAUAUUCUGCAGCCACCCACCCGUCAUGAUCUAAAAGGUACAAAGUUAUCUCAGGAGAAUUCCAGACCCGGGCUCAAGGAUUGCCUUGGAUAUCCUAGCUUGGUAGAGUGGCAUAUGCAAUCCGUGGCCUGCAUCCGUUUCCAAUGACCAUGUCUCAUCGAGAUGUGUCCCCAGCAGCUUCGGAGAAUGAGUUCGAUAUCUCAAAGCUCCUCUUUAAGGGGGACGAUGAUGUUCUCGACCUCGAGAAACCUUCGAAAAAGCGAAAACCACAGGAAAGUUUGAACCUUGAUGUUAUGGGCGACGAUGAUAGUGGCGAUAAUGGCGACGAAGCCUUCAUUGCUUCUGAGCAAGCAGCAGCAAACCGCAAGGCCUCAAACCUGAAAGGCCGGACUGUAAAAAAGGGCGGAGGUUUUCAAUCCAUGGGACUUAACGCAACUCUUCUCAAAGCCAUUACGCGGAAGGGGUUUUCUGUUCCAACGCCCAUUCAGAGGAAAACAAUUCCACUUUUGUUGGAUGAUCAGGAUGUUGUCGGGAUGGCAAGGACAGGAUCGGGGAAAACCGCAGCAUUUGUGAUUCCCAUGAUUGAGAAGCUGAAAAACCACAGCGCCAAAUUCGGGUCUAGGGCAUUGAUUUUGUUACCCUCCAGAGAAUUGGCCCUACAAACUCUCAAAGUCGUGAAGGAAUUGGGUCGUGGGACGGAUCUAAAAUCCGUUUUGUUGGUUGGCGGUGAUAGUCUUGAGGAACAGUUUGAAUACAUGGCAGGUAACCCGGAUAUCAUUAUUGCCACGCCUGGACGCUUCCUUCAUUUGAAAGUGGAAAUGUCUUUGGAUCUGUCAAGUAUUCGCUACGUUGUCUUUGAUGAGGCGGACAGGCUGUUUGAGAUGGGCUUUGCCGCACAGUUAACCGAAAUUCUCCACGGCUUGCCUUCUUCACGGCAGACACUUCUAUUCUCUGCGACUUUACCUAAAUCAUUGGUGGAAUUUGCUCGAGCAGGUCUCCAGGAGCCAACUUUGAUCCGUCUAGAUGCGGAAAGCAAGAUCUCUCCGGACCUUCAAAAUGCGUUCUUCACAGUGAAGUCUUCUGAGAAAGAGGGCGCUCUAUUACAUCUUCUUCACGAGGUUAUCAAAAUUCCCACGGGCGAGACAGAAGCGCAUAAACGUGCUAAAGAGGAAGCGAAGAAUCCGAGGAAACGGAAGCGGUCGGAAUUCGCUUCAAAUUCCCAUAAAGAAUCGCCUACGGAACACUCUACGAUUAUAUUCACGGCUACGAAACAUCAUGUCGAUUACCUUGUAUCAAUACUUCGGAUAUCUGGCUUCGCUGUGUCGUACGCAUACGGUUCCUUAGAUCAAACCGCUCGCAAAAUUGAAGUCCAAAAUUUCCGUUCCGGAAUUACGCAUAUCCUCGUCGUAACAGAUGUUGCAGCACGAGGAAUCGACAUCCCUAUCCUUUCUAAUGUGAUUAACUAUGAUUUUCCUUCGCAGGCUAAAAUUUUUGUUCAUCGUGUGGGACGGACUGCUAGAGCUGGUAAGACUGGUUGGAGUUACAGCCUCAUCCGAGAGUCAGAUGCUCCGUAUUUACUCGACCUGCAGCUGUUCCUCGGUCGACCUUUAAUUCUAGGACGAGGUUCAGGCCAGCAACUCAACUACACGGAGGAUGUGGUUGUAGGUAGUUUGCCUAGGGAUAAGGUUUCUCGUUAUACUGAAUGGGUGUCCAAGCUGCUAGAUGAAGAUGUUGAUGUUGAAUUGCAGCGCGAAGUUGCGAUGAAAGGUGAAAAGUUGUACAUGAGAACAAGAAAUUCAGCCUCUAGUGAAAGCGCUAAGCGAGCAAAAGAUGUGGUUGAAUCCGAUGAGUGGCUGAUGGUGCAUCCCAUUUUCAGUGAUGAAUCCAGCCGAUUGGAGGAGGAAAGGGAGAAGAUGCUCGCCCGUGUUGGAGGUUACAAACCACAAGAAACAAUCUUUGAGAUUGGUGGCAGGCGUGGGGGAAAGAACGGGAACGAUGAGGCGAUUGAUAUGAUGAGAAAGAUGAGGUCGACAUUCGCAUCUAAGAGAGCACGAAAGGAGUCUGCGAUCAAAAGUGCGCACCUUGGCAACAGUGGAGGCGCCGCUAAUGACAAUCUACCGAAUGAUAAUGACAGUGAUGAUGACGGCUUGGCUGACUUGGGCGAUGAAAAUGAUAAUGCGAUUACUGCCGACAAUAUGUCACUCGCAUCUGAUUCAGAACUUGAAGUCACGUUCUCCUAUCCACAAUCUGGCAAAUCGAAAUUGAAAACGGACGCAAACGAUUCAAAACCUGGGGAGUCAUUCCACAACCCAGAGUAUUUUAUGUCAUACACACCUGCAUCCAAUUCCCUGGCUGAAGAUCGGGCGUACGGAGUCCAUUCUGGUUCAAACACCAAUUUUGUUGAAGCAUCACGCGGUGCCACUAUGGAUCUUGCCGGCGACGAAAGUGCUGCGCGGGGCUUCGGUGAACCACGCUCCAUCAUGCGCUGGGACAAACGCCAAAAGAAGUAUGUAUCGCGCCGAAACGACGAGGAUGGGUCGAAAGGAGGUAAAGGUGACCUUCUCGUUCGUGGCGAGAGUGGAAUUAAGAUUGCUGCGAGCUUCCGAAGUGGGCGAUUCGAUGCGUGGAAGAAAGGGAAGAGGAUUGGCCGUAUGCCAAGGGUCGGAGAGGCGGAAAACCCUGGCCUUGCUUCUGGUAUGCCUGGAGGCAAAAAGUACAGACAUCGCAAGGAGCAGGCGCCCAAAAACCCCGACAAGUUCAGGGAUGACUACGAGAAGAAGAAAAAGAAAGUAGAGGCUGCGAAGCAACGCGAGACUGAGAAGGCAUUUGAUCCCUCUUCCGGUUCUAAACAGGUCGGCGUUAAAGGCCGUGAAAAGAGUGAGCUUAAGAGUGUUGAGGAUAUAAGGAAGGCCAGAAAGGUGAAGGAGUUGAGGAAACAGAAAAAUGCGCGACCUUCAAAUAAGGGUAAGGGGAGAAAGGGGAGAUAGUGGAGGAGAUUUGAUAUCCCUCAUAUUAGUCACGUCACUAGACUUGGAUUUUAGCAUUCUGACCUUUAUUCGCAAUUGAAAUUUAACUAAAAAGCCCUGCUCUGUUAUUUUCUAUUUGCUUUGUAUUCCCACCUUCAUCGAUCACCCUCUUUGUCUACAGCUCAAAACAGGCAGAGGAAUCACUUUAUGCGUAGCAGGACUGAGAGGCCGAGAAGUAACGUGAUUUACUUCUGGAUUUAUGGUAGCUCACUGGUCACUCCAGUAGUUGUUGGUAUGGUGUGCUUCAUUUUUCACCAGGGUUGCGAGGAAAACAUUGCACCCCUCAGGUAUGGAAUUCAACUUUGGUUCCCGCCGUUCUUGGACGCCAAGUUAACUCAUCUGCAUAUCUAACCGCCGGGCUCUUUUUUUUCUCCCUGCACGCAGAUGCCUUUGAUGCAUGGUGCUAGGCUCCGUUUGCCAAGUAUAUUCUCCUGUCAUUUGUGCAACAAUGUCUAAUUUCAUAUAAUAGCUUGGGGAGGGAUGGAGGGAAGAAUAUGGACAUCCUGACAUUCAGUAUGGUAUGUCCUCCAUGCGGGUGUGGCCAUCAGUUUGAUUUUAAACGGGAUGCCUGUGCCGUACUUUUGGCAGAUAACUAGUUCCUCUCAGUCAAGAAUGUUUUGGGGCAAGCAAAUUCGGGACCUUUCAUUACUUUUCUCCCGAACUGUAUAUCCAGCCCGGGGGGAAACACGAGAACUGUUAGGAGUGUAAAUAUGCACAACAUCGCGUUGUCUCACCGUAUAGAACUAAUUCGGCCUAUUCCAUUUACUCGGUCCCUUGACACGGCAUCAUAGAAUAUAGCAUGUGAUCGGGAGGUGGAAGCGGUGUUCUUACCUUACCCUGGUGUCGGAUUGUCCCCUAGGGCUAUCAAACGAUUGGCCUUCUUGAACUGCAUGGAUCUACGUGCGUUCCACGGUCAUGAUGGCUUUAAAGAUUUCAUUUCUGCUUGAGCUCCCCGCGCUGCCGCCUGUUCCAUUUUCGACCUCUUUCUGGUCCACAUCUUUAUUGUUUCCUUUUUGCGCAAUGUUGUUCAUGGGUGCAACCGUAGGUUCUUUAUGGGAGCUCGAAUGAGCGUGCAUGGCAGUUUGUACCCACUUGUGCUACUCGGAAGUACUCUGUGUCACGUUCUUCUGCCAUGAGCUUACGGGAAAGAUUAACCUUGCAUGGAGUUGAAUUUAUGAAUUUUGGCCUGGACUGCAGACUGUUCUGUCUCGUUCGGUGUCCUGUGCAGACAAUGGCAAGGUCAGGUAUGUACAGUACAAUGGCAAACUUGAACAACCUUACAGAUUCACAUACAAUGCUAGGUUCCACCAUAGUAAUCCACCUUGGAAUCAGCUUUGCCAAUGCGAUAUCUGAAAUCCUCUCUCGAAAACACACGUUAUUUCCAGACGUUGAAUAACGGUCGGGCGUGGAUCCACAUUCUUCAAGCUAUUGUACACGCAGCUAAAUGGAUACUAUAUUGGCAACACUAUCGGAGAAACCCAGCCAGCAACCAAAUAUUUCAAUAUGAAAUCAAGUUUAUCCCUCUACAUUCUGUCCCAGUAUUCUGUUUGCAUUCCCGCUAGCCACGUGAAAUUUGGGUCUUACCAACCAACCACGAUCAAACGAGUAUCUCUACAAUACCCUCACUCUGAUACAAUGUGUGACCAUCGUAGGGGCAUGGAAGCUGCUGGGCAUACCCACUCGGCUAGUAACCCGGAGAACUUCUAUUGGAAGGAGAACUCAAAAAAGGCAACGCCAGUGGGGAUAUGAGAAAAACACCAUACAACAUCUAAAGCAAAUCGACAAGUUGUCCGAGGUUUCCGAGGAGCCCAUGUGAUUCCCAACACCUAUUAUGCCUUCAGGAUUUCUAUUCUCCAACCUGAGGAGGCGAUCACGCAUGCUUAUCUAUGCACAGGAUGCACCGCUGUAUGGUACAUGUACAUCCCUAAUAGGAGUUUCUGGCAGGCGCUACAAUACGCAUGGGCGCACAUCAUCCUGUUCCUCAUCUCGAUUGUAGCGAACUGCAGACUAUAUGGGUCAGCAUAUCAACCUAGCCACAUGAUUUGGGAUAGAAUGUGGCUCUAAAUUGUGGAUGAACGUCCACAUGCAAACCACGUUUCUCCAGAAUAACGAGCUGGCGUGAAGAAAAAAUCAGUCUAGAAGAGAGCGAAAGCAAAAGAAAGACAAAUCAGACCGAAUCCCCUAUAGUGGUAAAUGGAUUCAGCUACUGGCCUUGUUCGGCUGGAAGUAUUUUGUGGAGGAUACGGAGCUUCAUGCUGGUCGUUACUUUGCUCAAGACCACGCACAAGCAAGGCGCCUUAGCCAGCUUCUCCUAUGCCAGCUGUCCGGUAUCUGUGGAGGAAAAAAAAUAAAAAAUAAAAAACCAAUAAAAAUAAGGCAGGGGGCCGCUCCACAGACCCGACGUACUCGAUUCCAACGACGGUUAUGGGCCGAACGGGUAUUUCCCCUGUUCUUUCUUCAUGCAAUGAAGAGGAAGGAUGCACAGAGGGCCGACACCGGGUAUGCAUGAAUUAGAGUUGAGAGCGGUUUGCUACCAUACCAUGCCUAGAUUGGUAUAUGAGUCUAUUCCCACUCUGGGAUGUAUGAGGGCCUUUUAUGUAACAUCCAGUUCGGGUUUCUGGCAUAGUUUGUUAGAUAUAUACCAUUAGAAUUCGAUGCAUAUAUAAACGAAAGCCAAACCUCCUGUAUUUUUUAGGUGGGAGGCGGACCAUUUUAGAAGUCGUGGCAAUCCUCAAACGGGCUGAGCGGGGAAACCAAGGUUAGAACCUGGCGAAAAUAUUUCAUAGUAGCGUUGUCCUGGGAAGGCCUGGUAUCACUAUAAUAAGGGUAAACAUAUGUAUACUUUCAGCGUGCGGUG